UUUGAUGAAUUUCACAGACAUUUAGCGGGUUUCACGGCGUGGAGGCUGGCUGAAACACUCUCCCCAUACAAUUCUAGUCAAUUUCUAAGUCAAGAACAUGCAGAGCUGCGCUAAAUCCUGGCGUGUUGUCAUCAGCAGGUCGGUGUCCGCCCGCGUGCCGUACAGGAAUAUCAGCAGAAAAGGGGACGUUUUUAACAAACUUAAAGCCACAACCGGAGAUGUGUCGGCAAAUGUGCGCUGUUUGGCCACCUCACAAGUUUUGUGGUCCAGGAAGAUUGAACGAAUUCUGCCGAGACACGAUGAAUUUUCCGAGAGACAUAUUGGACCGGGCGACAAAGAGAAAAGAGAGAUGCUCAACACUCUCGGAGUUGAGUCAGUCUCUCAGCUUAUUGAAAACACAAUUCCCCCAUCCAUCCGCCUGGGAAGAAGUUUGAAAAUGGACGAUCCUGUGUGUGAGAACGAAAUUCUUGAUUCGCUUCAAAAGAUUGCGUCAAAGAACAAGAUGUGGAGGUCCUACAUUGGAAUGGGCUAUUAUAACUGCUCCGUCCCACCAGUCAUACAAAGAAACCUGCUUGAGAAUUCAGGAUGGGUGACCCAAUACACACCGUACCAGCCUGAAGUCUCUCAGGGCCGCCUGGAGAGUUUACUCAACUAUCAGACCAUGGUGUGUGACAUCACAGGGAUGGCAGUGGCCAAUGCGUCGUUACUAGAUGAAGGAACCGCCGCUGCAGAGGCCAUGCAGCUCUGCAACAGGCAAAACAAGAGAAGAAUGUUCUACAUCGACCCACGCUGCCAUCCUCAAACGAUUGCAGUUGUGCAAACCAGAGCCAAUUAUAUCGGUGUGCAGACACUCCUCAAACUUCCUCAUGAGAUGGACUUCAGUGGUAAGGAUGUGAGCGGUGUCCUCUUCCAGUAUCCAGACACCGAGGGCCGGGUGGAGGAUUUUACUGCACUCGUCGACCGUGCUCACAAGGGUGGUGCUCUGGCCUGCUGUGCCACAGACCUGCUGGCGCUCUGCGUGUUGCGUCCUCCGGCUGAGUUUGGAGUGGACAUCGCCCUGGGCAGCUCUCAGCGAUUCGGUGUUCCUCUCUGCUACGGAGGUCCCCACGCUGCCUUCUUCGCAGUGAAAGAAAAUCUGGUCCGCAUGAUGCCAGGCAGGAUGGUCGGAGUGACCAGAGAUGCAGCUGGCAAAGAGGUGUAUCGUCUGGCUCUUCAGACCCGAGAGCAGCACAUCCGCAGAGACAAAGCCACCAGCAACAUCUGCACAGCUCAGGCUCUUCUUGCCAAUAUGGCUGCCAUGUAUGCACUUUAUCAUGGUUCUCAAGGACUGAGGCACAUCGCCGAGAGAACCCACAAUGCAACACUGAUUCUCGCUGAAGGGCUGAAAAGAGCUGGGCACAAACUGCAGCAUGAGAACUUCUUUGACACGCUGAAGAUCAAUUGUGGUGUUGCUGGAAAAGACAUCUUGGAAAAAGCCACGCAGCGGGAGAUCAACCUACGGCUGUACAGUGAUGGACUGCUCGGGGUGUCUCUGGAUGAAACUGUCACCGAGAGAGAUUUAGAUGACCUGCUUUGGAUCUUUGGUUGUGAAUCGUCAGCUGAACUUAUUGCAGAGAAAAUGAGUGAGCGAACAAAAGGACUGUUGGCAAGCCCUUUCAAGAGAACCAGCAAGUUUCUCACCCAUCCAGUGUUUAACAGUUAUCACUCUGAAACUAACAUUGUACGUUACAUGAAGCGCCUGGAAAAUAAGGACAUUUCACUUGUACACAGUAUGAUCCCAUUGGGCUCAUGCACAAUGAAGCUGAACAGUUCCUCAGAGCUCAUGCCAAUCACCUGGAGAGAGUUUGCAAACAUCCACCCGUUCGUGCCGCUGGAUCAGGCUGAAGGUUAUCAGCAGCUCUUCAGACAGCUGGAGAGGGACCUUUGUGAGAUUACGGGAUAUGAUAAAAUCUCCUUUCAGCCCAACAGUGGUGCGCAGGGGGAAUAUGCAGGCCUGGCUGCAAUCAAAGCCUAUCUGAAUUCCAGAGGAGAGUCUCAUAGAACUGUCUGUCUGAUCCCCAAAUCAGCUCAUGGCACAAACCCUGCCAGCGCUCAGAUGGCGGGCAUGAAGGUUCAGGUGGUGGAGGUGGAUAAAGAUGGCAGUAUUGACGUGUCUCACCUUAAAGCCAUGGUGGACAAACAUAAGGCCAACCUGGCUGCCAUAAUGAUCACGUACCCAUCCACUAACGGAGUGUUUGAGGAGAAUGUGAGUGAAGUGUGUGAGCUUAUUCAUGAAAAUGGAGGACAGGUGUAUCUGGACGGGGCCAACAUGAAUGCUCAGGUGGGAUUAUGUCGACCAGGAGACUACGGUUCGGAUGUUUCGCACUUGAAUCUCCACAAAACCUUCUGCAUUCCUCAUGGUGGUGGUGGGCCUGGGAUGGGACCUAUCGGAGUGAAACAGCAUCUUGCCCCCUUCCUGCCCAGUCAUCCAGUGGUGAACAUGCAGUCCAGUAAUGCAGGCAGUUCUCUGGGCACCAUCAGCGCUGCUCCGUGGGGCUCCAGCGCCAUCCUGCCCAUCUCAUGGGCUUACAUUAAGAUGAUGGGUUCAAAGGGUCUUGCGCACGCUACAGAGGUGGCCAUCCUUAAUGCCAACUACAUGGCUAAAAGACUGGAAAACCAAUACAAAAUACUCUUCAGGGGCACCAAAGGAUUUGUUGCUCAUGAAUUUAUUUUGGAUGUGCGGCCUUUUAAAAAGACGGCAAACAUCGAGGCAGUUGACGUAGCAAAGAGACUGCAAGACUACGGUUUUCAUGCACCCACCAUGUCGUGGCCUGUGGCGGGAACUCUGAUGAUCGAGCCCACCGAGUCAGAGGAUAAAGCAGAGCUGGACCGCUUCUGUGACUCUUUGCUGGCCAUCAGACAGGAGAUUGCAGACAUCGAAGAGGGACGCAUGGACUCCAGGGUCAAUCCUCUGAAGAUGGCUCCUCACUCACUGGCCUGUAUUACCUCCAGCACAUGGGACAGACCGUACCCCAGAGAGUUUGCUGCUUUCCCCAUGCCUUUCGUUAGACCCGAGACCAAGUUCUGGCCCACCAUUUCAAGGAUCGACGACAUCUAUGGAGAUCAGCACCUGGUCUGCACAUGUCCACCAAUGGACGUCUACGAGUCUCCAUAUGAAGAAAGAGCUUCCUCAUGACCAAAAUGAACCAUUCCCAUCAAAAUAUGAUCAUCGGUACGUUUCCUUUCGCAAACAAUGCACAAAUAGCUGGCCUGUCCUCCUCUGUUACUCUACUAAAUCCAAAUCUGAUUCCGAUACUGUAAUCGACCUGUAUAGAGGGGAGGGGGGUUCGUCGUUUUUUUUUGUUGUCGUUUUUAUAUUUUUAUUCGCUGUAUAAAAAAAUAUUUGGGUGUUUUCGGUCUGUACGUAGGCUUAACUUACUGGCACUGUUCUCAAACGUUAACCCUAAUUUGAACGAUGUAAUGUACGUUUUCUAAUUAUUUAAGAAAUAGAGCCUGUUUGUAGCAAUUUAAUAAAUAUUUUAAAGAAA